AUGGUUCCUCAUUGUCCUGUGUGUGGUCCAAAACUGUCAUUAUGUUGUGCACUCCUUAGUAUUUGGGGUAUUAUUCAACUUUUCUUAAUGGGAAUUUUCUUCUACGUUGAAGCAGCACCACUUUUAGAUGAUAUUAAGCUGAAUGAAACACUGGCCAAACAGGCUUCAGAUGAUAUACUAGCAAAAGUAGUUAAAGAUAAUUAUGCACAAGCAGCAUACAAUUGUUGGAUAGCAGCAUUUCUCUAUGUUGCAACACUCGUGUUCUGUGCUAGUCAAUAUAUGUGUAAUAGAAAUAAAAUGGGCUCUAAUGAUAAUUUGAAUAAUUAUGGAUCUUCUCCACCGUUGCAACAUGAUCAAGAUGAAUAA